AUGCCGCGGGCACAGAGUGGUCAAGCACACGGCGACGAGCAGCAAACCUUUGACAAUUACUCUGAAGAAUUAGAUGAAAUGCAUGGUGAUAAUGUUGACUUUGACAUAUCACUUAGCAACAGAAACAUAAGUCGGGGGAACCCCACAAAUGAUCAAGAUGGCAUUGGCCCAAAAUCAAGCAAGAAGCGCCUACAGAGGCUCACUUUCGAGCAGAACCAGAUACUUCAAGGAGAGUUCAGCGUAUGGGCUCACCCGGAUGAAUAUCGAAGGAGGGAGCUGAGUGAGAUAACUGGUCUUACAGAACAACAAGUGAAGUUUUGGUUUCAGAACAAGUUAACACAAGUCAAGAGUCUGCAUAAAAAAGAAGAGAACUAUAGAUUGAAAGUGGAGAACGUAAUGCUGAGCAACGAAAAUAAGAAGCUUAAGGAGGCUCAGAGGAAUAUGUUUUGCCCCACUUGUGAUCCACUGCCACAGAACCAGCUCUCUCCAGAUAUGCAAACACUCAAAGAGCAAAAUAACUGGCUAAAGCUAGAGAUUUCCCGAUUGCAAGCUGAAACACUUCAAAAUUCCGGACAAUCUUUCCAACUUGACUCAUCUGCAGAAAAUGUUGUUAUCAUACAAAACGACAUACAAAUGAUUGCUAAACUAACUCAUAAUGCAAUGGACGAGUUUAUCAUUUUGUCCAACUCACAUGGCCCUCUAUGGCUGCCUGUCCCUGGUGGUUCAUUUGAAAUACUGAACAAGAUGGCUUAUGCUACACAAUUUGAUGGAAAAAAUAGUGCACAUAUAACAGGAUUCAAGACCGAGGCCACUCGUGCUAGUGUUGUGGUCAUGAUGGGCGCCAAAAAUAUUAUGGAUUAUCUCAUGGAUUCUGAGUGCUAUGCAUCUCUUUGUCCUGGAAUCCUGUCAAGUGCAAAAACCAUUAAGGCUUAUAAGUGGCCUACUAAUGUAGGCUACGAUGGCGCUAUGCAUUUGAUGACAAUUGAGACGGUGUUCCCGUCCCCCCUGGUACCAUCGAGGAAAUGCACAUUCGUGAGGUCCUGCAGGGAGCUACAAAAUGGGACAACACUCAUUGUUGACGUGUCCCUGGAUAGCAGUGAUGGUACGUUCUUCAAAUGCCGCAAGAUGCCUUCAGGAGUGCUAAUUCAGCCCCUAGACCGUAAUAGCUGCAAGAUCAUCGUCAUAGAGCAUGUUCUAGUAGAUGAUACCGGAGUUCAAGAGCUGUACCAGCCAUGUCUGAGUGGACUCAUGUUUGGAGCUAGGCGCUGGGUAACCAGCAUCGCACGGCAAAGCUUGCGUUUAAGAGACGUCUUCCACGUUAUUACCAGAAAUGCAUUAAGAGCCAACUCAAAGGGGAGGAAGUCCCUAAUGAAGCUAGCCGAUGGCCUGCUCGUCAGCUACAGCAACAGCAUCGCUGGCAUCCCUGAUGACGCAUGGACCAUGGUGUGCGGUGCUGGUACGGAACAAGAUAUCAAGAUCGCACAUAGAAGAAGCCAUGACCGCACAAACACCGCUGUUGUGUCUGUGAGCGCAUCAUUCCAGCUUCCAAUACCACUUAGGGUCACGUUUGAUCUGCUCAGGAACAACACGCUGCGUGCAGAGUGGGAUGUGCUGGUGAAAGGUGGUGUCGUGAGGGAGGAAGUCUGUGUCUCCAGCAGCAUAGAAGCCGAUGAUACCGUCUCCAUACUGCAUGUUAAGAAUGUCGCAGAAAUAAGGGAAAACAUCAUGAUCCUCCAGAACAGCUGCUAUGACGUGUCGGGCUCAUUCAUUGUUUACUCGCCCAUCGACACCCAACUGAUGAACAAGAUCCAGAGCCCAGAGGACAUGGCGGAGAGCAAGGUAUCCCUUUACCCCACCGGCUUCUCCCUCCUCCCCGUCAGUCAGUCUGCCGAGGGUGGCAAUGGCAUUGCCCUAGGCAAGGAUGGAGAAACUCUUGUAACCGUGGGGUUCCAGAUUCUGCUGAAGCUCACACGUGACAAUGGCUUAUAUCCUAAGUCUGUGGUUGCGACCAUCGCUCUCAUGUCCGAGAACAUUGCGACUAUCAAAACGUCCUUGAUCAACAACAAGUCCCAUGUAGAAUGUACCAGGAGGAAAGGGAGGCACAAUGAUACUGGAAGGAUGUAA